CCUCUGGACAAGCCAGCCAGCCUCUCCAGAGCAGCCGUGUGAUCUCUGUACCCUGCAGUGGUCAGAAUAUGGAGAACUUCUCACUCCUCAGCAUCUCUGGACCUCCAAUCUCUUCCUCCACCCUGAGUGCUUUUCCCGACAUCAUGUUCUCUCGUGCCACCAGCCUGCCAGACAUUGCAAAGACAGCAGUACCCAUUGAGGCAUCCAGCCCAGCUCAGGCCCUGCCACCCCAGUACCAAAGCAUCACUGUCCGGCAAGGGAUACAGAACACAGUGCUCUCACCAGACUGCAGCUUGGGGGACACCCAGCACAGAGAGAAGCUGAGGCGGAACUGCACCAUCUACCGGCCCUGGUUCUCCCCCUACAGCUACUUCGUGUGUGCAGACAAAGAGAGCCAGCUGGAGGCCUACGACUUCCCAGAGGUGCAGCAGGAUGAGGGCAAGUGGGACAACUGUCUUUCCGAGGACAUGCCUAAGAGCAUCUGUUCGUCCUCUUCCUCCCCAGAGAACACUUGCCCUCGAGAAGCCACCAAGAAAUCCAGGCAUGGCCUGGACUCCGUCACAUCCCAGGACAUCCUAAUGGCUUCCAGGUGGCACCCAGCACAGCAGAAUGGCUACAAGUGUGUGGCCUGCUGCCGCAUGUACCCCACCCUGGACUUCCUCAAGAGCCACAUCAAGAGGGGCUUCAGGGAGGGUUUCAGCUGCAAGGUGUACUACCGCAAGCUCAAAGGCCUCUGGAGCAAGGAGCAGAAGGCCCGGAUGGGAGACAGGCUCUCCUCGGGCAGCUGCCAGGCCUUCAAUAGUCCUGCUGAACACCUUAGGCAAAUUGGCGGUGAAGCCUACUUAUGUCUCUAGAGAGAUGCCAAUAAAGUUAGUCACAGCCUUCUGUCCA